AUGACUUCAAUUGGAAUUGACUUAGGUACUACAUACUCAUGUGUAGGAGUAUGGCAAAAUGAUCGUGUUGAGAUUAUUGCCAAUGACCAGGGUAACAGAACUACCCCAUCGUAUGUGGCCUUCACAGACACUGAGCGUCUGAUUGGAGAUGCCGCCAAGAAUCAAGUGGCCAUGAACCCAACCAACACAGUGUUUGACGCCAAGAGAUUAAUUGGCAGAAAGUUCACCGACACUGUCGUCCAGUCCGACAUGAAGCACUGGCCAUUCAAGGUCAUUGCCAAGGAGGAGAAGCCAAUGAUCCAGGUCGAGUACCAGGGCGAGAUCAAGACCUUCCAGCCAGAGGAGAUCUCGUCGAUGGUGUUGACCAAGAUGAAGGAGACCGCCGAGUCCUUCCUCGGAAAGACCAUUAACAACGCCGUCAUCACCGUGCCCGCCUACUUUAACGACUCCCAGCGUCAGGCCACCAAGGACGCCGGUGUCAUUGCCAAGCUUAACGUCCAGCGUAUCAUUAACGAGCCAACCGCCGCUGCCAUUGCCUACGGUCUCGAGAAGAAGGGAGGCGGCGAGAAGAACAUCCUCAUCUUUGAUCUGGGUGGUGGCACGUUCGAUGUGUCCCUCCUGACCAUUGAGGACGGAGUGUUUGAGGUUAAGGCCACCGCCGGAGAUACUCAUUUGGGUGGUGAGGACUUUGAUAACCGUAUGGUCAACCACUUUGUCGAGGAGUUCAAGAGAAAGCACAAGAAGGACCUCAUGACCAACCAGCGUGCCCUCCGUCGUCUCAGAACCGCCUGUGAGCGUGCCAAGAGAACCCUGUCAUCGUCAUCCCAGGCCUCCGUCGAGAUUGACUCUCUGUUUGAGGGUAUCGACUUCUACACAUCAAUCACCCGUGCCCGUUUCGAGGAGCUCAAUGCCGAGUUGUUCCGUGGUUGUCUCGACCCAGUCGAGAAGGUGCUCAAAGACUCCAAGUUGGCCAAGGGUUCCAUCAACGAGAUCGUCCUUGUCGGAGGAUCCACCCGUAUCCCCAAGGUUCAGCAGUUGCUCCAGGACUUCUUCAACGGAAAGGAGCUCAACAAGUCCAUCAACCCAGAUGAGGCCGUCGCCUACGGUGCUGCCGUCCAAGCCGCUAUUCUCAGCAAUGAGGGAGGUGCCAAGGUUGCCGACCUUUUGCUGCUCGAUGUUGCCCCACUGUCCAUGGGUCUCGAGACUGCUGGCGGUGUCAUGACCGUCCUCAUCCCAAGAAACACCACCAUCCCAUGCAAGAAGCAACAGACCUUCUCCACCUACUCUGACAACCAGCCAGGCGUACUCAUCCAAGUGUUUGAGGGUGAGCGUCAGAUGACCCGUGACAACAACCUGCUGGGCAAGUUCGAGCUGUCCGGUAUCCCACCCGCCCCACGUGGAGUCCCACAGAUUGAGGUCACAUUCGAUAUCGAUGCCAACGGUAUCCUGAACGUGUCUGCUGAGGACAAGAGCACUGGAAAGGUGCAGAAGAUCACAAUCACCAACGACAAGGGCCGUCUCACCAAGGACCAGAUCGAGAAGAUGGUUGCCGAUGCCGAGAAGUACAAGGCUCAGGACGAGGCUCAGAAGGAGAAGGUCGAGGCCAAGAACAAGCUUGAAAACUACGCCUACCAGGUGCGUAACUCGAUCCGUGACGAGAAGCUCGUCGCCAAGCUCAGCGAGGACGACAAGAAGUCCAUCGAAGAGGCCGUCGAGGCUUCCAUCAAGUGGCUGGACAGCAACCAGACCGCCGAGAAGGACGAGUUGGAGCACAAGCUCAAGGAGCUGGAGAACAUCGUCAACCCAAUCAUGACCAAGAUGUACCAGGGUGGUAUGCCCGAGGGUGGUAUGCCAGAGGGUGGAAUGCCCGGUGGUUUCCCAGGUGGCCCACAGGGUGGCGCACCACCAAAGAAGAGCGGUUCCGUCGAUGAGCUCGACUAA